AUGUCUUCCAAGAGCAAGCAGUCGUUCGCGCAGCGCGCCAAAGCCCAUCCGAACGUGCUGGCGAAGAGACUCUUCGAGAUUGCAGAGCGCAAACAAACCAACAUUGUUCUUUCUGCAGAUCUCACCACGACCGGCGAGCUGCUGAAGAUAGCUGACGAUCUCGGGCCGCACAUUGCGGUGCUGAAAACGCACAUUGACAUUGUCGCUGACUUCAGCAGCAAGACUACGGAGGGGCUGAGUCGAAUCGCACAAAAGCAUGACUUUUUGAUUUUCGAAGAUCGCAAAUUCAUCGAUAUCGGCAACACUGUGCAGAAGCAAUACAGUGGAGGUGCUUUGCGCAUCCAUGAGUGGGCGCACAUCGUGAAUGCGAGUGUCUUGCCUGGUCCGGGAGUCAUUCAAGCCCUGGAUGAAACCAUCUUGAAAGAGAAGGUGACCGACCGCGCCAUUUUGAUACUGGCCGAGAUGACCUCCAAGGGUUCCCUGGCGGUAGGUGACUACACACGGGCUUCAGUCGACAUUGCCAGGCAGUAUGCGGGUAGUGUUGUGGGGUUCGUGUGUACUAAAUCCCUGGCUGAUAUCGCACCUGCGACGGCUGCAGAUGAAGACUUCAUCAUCUUCACUACCGGUGUCAACAUGGCCAACAAGGGCGACGCUCUUGGGCAGCAGUACCAGACGCCGAUAACGGCGAUGGCAGGAGGGUCUGAUUUCCUGAUUGCCGGCCGAGGGAUUUAUGCCAACCGGGAUCCUAUUGCCGCAGCUCAGGAGUAUCGACAAGCCGGGUGGGACGCGUACAUCAGCAGAAUCAAGGCGGCGGAAUGA